AUGAAGACUGGAGGGGACACACAAAGGACUCAGGAGGGGACACAAAGGACCAGAGGGGACAAGGACUCAGAGGGAAAGGACCCAGGGGGACAAGGACUCAGAGGGGGGCAAAAGGACCAAGAAGGCAAGGACUGGAGGGCAGGACAGGAGGAACAAAGGACUAAGGAGGGGACACAAGGACCAAGGAGGGGACAGGACCAGGAGGACACAAAGGACCCAGGAGGGGACACAAAGGACCCAGGAGGACAGCACAAAGGACUCAAGAGGGGGACACAGGACCAGAGGGACACAAAGGACCCAGGAGGGGACAAAGGACUACAGAAGAAGGACCAAGGAGGCAAAGGACUCAGGGGGGAGCACCAGGAGGGGACAAAGGACUGCAGGAAGGCCAAGGACAGAGGAAGGACCAAGGAGGAACAAAUACCAGAGGGGACACAAAGGACUAAGAAGGAGGGGGAAGGCCAGGAGGGGACACGAAGACCCAGAGGGACACGAAGGACCAAGGAGGGAGGGCCAAAGGCCAAGGAGGGGACACAAAGGACUAAGGAGGGGACAAAGGACCAAGGAGGGGGACACAAAGACUCAGGAGGGGGACACAAAGGACUCAGGAGGGGGACACAAAGGACUCAGGAGGGGGGACACAAGGACUCAGGAGGGGACACAAAGGACCAGGAGGGGACACAAAGGACCGGAGGGACACAAAGGACCAAGGAGGGGACACAAAGCACUGAGGAGGGGCACAAAGGACCCAGGAGGGGACACAAAGGACUCAGGAGGGGACAAAAGGACUCAGGAGGGGACAAAAGGGACCAAGGAGGGGACAAAAGGACCAAGGAGGGGACACAAAGGACCAAGGAGGGGACACAAAAGACCACAGGAGGGACACAAAGACCCAGAGGGGACACAAAGGACUCAGGAGGGGGACACAAAGGACUCAGGAGGGGGACACAAAGGACUCAGGAGGGGACACAAAGGACCAGGAGGGGACACAAAGGACCCAGAGAGGGGGACAAAGGACUCAGGAGGGGGGACACAAAGGACUCAGGGGACACUACAACCAGAGGGGGACACAAAGGACCAAGGAGGGGACACAAAGGACCAAGGAGGGACGGACAAAGGACCAAGGAGGGGACACAAAGGACCAAGGAGGGACACAAAGGACUAAGGAGGGACACAAAGGACUCAGGAGGGGGACACAGAGGACCAGGAGGGGGACACAAAGGACCUAAGGAGGGGACACAAAGGACUCAGGAGGGGGGACACAAAGGACAAGGAGGGGACACAAAGGACCAAGGAGGGGCACACAAAGGACCAAGGAGGGGGGACACAGGACUCAGGAGGGGGACACAAAGACUCAGAGGGGGACACAAAGGACCAAGGAGGGGGACACAAAGGACUAAGGAGGGGGACACAAAGACUAAGGAGGGGGACACAAAGGACUCAGGAGGGGACACAAGACUCAGGGAGGGGACACGAAGGACUAAGGAGGGGACACAAAGGACUAAGGAGGGGACACAGACCAAGGAGGGGGACACAAAGGACCCAGAGGGGGGGACACAGGACCAGGAGGGGGGGACACAAAGGACUCAGGAGGGGGACACUAAGGAGGGACACAAGGACCAAGGAGGGGACACAAAGGACUCAGGAGGGGGACACAAAGGACUCAGGAGGGGACACAAAGGACAAGGAGGGGGGAAGCAAGGGACUAAGGAGGGACACAAAGGACUAAGGAGGGGACACAAAGGACCAAGGAGGGGACACAAAGGACACAAGGAGGGGACACAAGGGACUAAGGAGGGGACACACAAAGGACAAGGAGGGGACAAAGGACCAGGAGGGGACACAGGACUAAGGGGGGACACAAAGGACUAA